AUGGAAGUUUAUAUAAAAAUCUUGUGCUUUUUUCGGAAACGUGUUGUUCUGUCCUUAAUAUUUUUAUUUUCAUUGGCAUAUUUCUUGCUUCAAUUCAAUGCUUUGCAGCUAAUAAGAAUUAAUCGAAAGUAUCAAGACGACGACGGUGAAUUUGAGGAGAUUAAUUAUAAACGAGAUUCUCCACUUAUUUGGAGAUCACUAAAGGAAUAUAAUUUGACGGAUAGUGAAGUUUGUAAAAAUUCUAUUCAAGGUAUAAACCUUAUAGUUGACGAGCGAGGAUUUUUAUGUUCAAGGGAUGAUUUAAAGAGUACUGGAUGUUGCAAUAUUCAAGCUGAAAAUACACACAUUUAUUACUGUGAAACAUGCGAUGACGUCUCAAAGUGCUGUGAAGUUUAUGAGCAUUGUGUCAGCUGCUGUCUAAAUCCAGAUAACGUUCCGUUGCUGCAAAAAGCUAUAGCUCAAGCUCAGAAUGAUCGACAAAAACUACUGUUUUUAAACGUGUUGGAUCAAUUUGAUUUGUGUCUAUCGAUUUGUAGGAGUAAUAGUCAAAGUGUUGUUAAUGAGCACUUCUACAAAUCACCUAAGAAACAUUGUUUUACGAAAACAGAGCCUCACGAUUAG